UGUUGUUUUUUUUAACCAUCACAGAAGAAGCUUUGAAACGUUUUGGAUUUAUUUCAACGCAUUAGACGAUUGUAUUAUUUAGACUGCCAUCAUUAAGUCAUGUCCAGCAGGUACCAGAUAGUGGUGCAAGGCGAGGCAUCUGAGACAGACUCUGACGAUGAAGUCUACAUCACCUCCCUGCCUCCUUCCCAAUCUACCACAGUGGGAGCCAAGGUUCCUGGGGAGGCGUCUGAAACGGACAGCGAGGGUGAGCUGGAGCAGGCGGACCGACUCCCUUCAUUGAGUCAGGAAAGUGCUCAAAUCCUCAAGAGGGACCUGCCUCCGCUCAUUGUAGUGAGGGACCACCCAGAUGUACAGUCGAUAGUAGAAGACAGGCCGAGCCCCAAACACAGACCACACAGUGACACCUUGCUGCAGCAGAAGUUACAGGAGUCUAACAGCCGGCUGUAUUCAAAUGUGGGACAGACGCUACGGCACGUUUACGGCAGUGCCAGCAGGGAGGUACGCAGUGCAACAGCUCAACUCAAUACCUCACAGGGCGCCAUCAUCAACGCUUCCCACAGCAUCAGAUUAAUCCUAGACGACCUGAAGGCAGUGUCUGAGAAGAUUGACAUCAUCACCAGUUGUCAGAUAUUGCCCGACAUUAAAAUCGAUAAUGCAGAUAAUAAUACUGCAACUGUACCAUAGAGUAUCCAAAAGUAUGAAUCAAGAUGCAUUUUCAUAAUAAACAUAUCAUUUAUAGUGUUUUA